GCAAACUUUUCUUUAAACGGUGUGCUUUGUCGGGGAAUACCGCCCUCCACUGGCCAUGGUUUUAAAGCCCCAAAAUGGCAGCCUCCAGUAGCGCAGCGAUUUUCAAGCAAGUCUGGAAAAUUUUGACGCAGGGAAAGAAUUUUGACCGGAUUUUUCAGAAGGUCAAUCUUGUUUCAGUCAGUCCAGGGCGAUGUCGAUGUGAACUGACUGUUGAGGAGGAACACGCGAAUGGACAGGGGACGCUACACGGUGGCUUCACAAUGUCACUAGUCGAUUACAUGACUACUUUGUCUAUACUGACAGGGACCGAUGGACGACUUGGAGUUAGUGUGCAAUUUAACAUGAGUUUUAUGCAGGCUGCCAAGAUUGGCGAGAAAGUUGCCAUGGAAGCCGAACUUAUCAAAGCGGGUAAGAGUCUGGCGUUCACAAAGGCCGAUGUCUUCAAUGCAAAAGGAGACAUCAUAGCACAAGGGCAGCAGACCAUGUUCAUCGGCAGCAACAAAAAAGUUCAAGACUUUGUAGACUUAAAAAGCUUAUUGAAAGAAAGUUGAAGAAAAGACUUCUCAAUGUGCAACUAUGAUAUGAAGACAGUUAUUCAUGGAUUACAAUAAUCAUGAAGGAAAAGAAGUUUUAACAUUUAUGUUCACUUUGAUUAAUCUUAUUAAAGUUAUUUUGUAAAAAUGAAGACCCCUCCAGAUGGGGGAACAGCACAAUUCAAACAACUCUCAAAGCAUUAACAUUUGAAGAGUUGUAAACGUGUGUGUUUAUAGUUUAUGGUUUGUUCACCGAAUGAACUUAUCUAUAUAU